AUGGUCAAGCCCCUCACAUUCAAGGGUGACAAGCCUAAAAAGCGCAAGCACCGCGAUCCAGAUAGCGAGAAGACUCCCAAGACCCGCAAAACCGAGCUAUCCGAGGCAGCUGACGAUAAUCCACCCGAGGACCAGAGCUGGGUCUCCGCGGACUCCCCAAGCGAUAUUGCGGGCCCCGUGGUGCUGGUUCUCCCAUCCGAUGAGCCGACAUGUGUGGCCUGUGAUGUGAAUGGCAAGGUCUUCGCAAGUGUGCUGGAGAAUCUGAUCGAGGGUGCUCCGGACACGGCAGAGCCGCAUGACGUACGACAGGUCUGGGUCGCGACGAAAGUUGCAGGGACAGAGUCAUUUACUUUCAAGGGGCAUCAUGGAAAAUACCUUUCCUGCGACAGCCACGGAAUCUUCAGCGCAGACACUGCUGCUGUAUCCCACUACGAAACGUUCCUCGCAAUCCCCUCUCCCGACAUUCCCGGCACAUUCUCCUUGCAAACACGCGGUGGUGACACCGAGUCCUUCUUAUGCAUUAAAGAAAGCGCCAAGGCUACCGGAGGCGUUGAGAUCCGCGGCGAUGCGAGUGCGAUCUCGUUUGAGACGACGGUGCGCAUUCGCAUGCAAGCGCGAUUCAAACCGCGGCUUCGUGUUGCAAAGGAGAACAAGGCUUAUGAAAAGAUCAGUCAGAAGGAGUUGGAAGCGCUCGUGGGAAGGAAGCUAGAUGAGGAUCAGGUGCGGAGGUUGAGGAGGGCGAGGCGGGAAGGGAAUUUCCACGAGGAGAUGCUUGAUGUCAAAGUUAAAGGGAAACAUGAUAAGUUUGCUUGA